AAGAACCUUAGUUCUUACUUGCUGCAUUUGUUGUGAUCCUCUUUUCUGCAGGCCAUGGUUUUGUUCGAUCAGUGAGCACGUGGAGGAAAUGUAGAACAGUAUCUACCUACUACCGAAACGAGAAGAAAACGGCACUCAUUGUAACCUUAUAUUUUUACAGUAGAUAAUCUAAAUCUUCAUUGUUCUUCAACAGAAUCACAAACUACUCUGUGUUUGUAUAGUAAAAAUUAGGAAUCAAAAUCAUGGGCGUCCCGGCGCAGGUGCAAACGGCGUGGAAGGAGUUCGAUGCCGAGUACAAAAAGAAUGGGCCGAACUCAGAACCGCUGCUUGCGAAGGUGAAGGUCGAGCUCGCAAAAUUAGGGAACCAAUUGCUACUAGAAACACAGGAACCGAAAGUACUACUACGGCAAAGAUAGACUCCUCUACCUCUUCUAUGAUCAUAUGGUGGCACAGACACGCACCUGACUUUUUGAGACAACUUGCUCGAGAAGAAGACGGAACUUGAUACUAGAACUUAUCAUUCGCUGCAGCACAUUGAGAAAUGUUGAUUCAGUCGACGAGUGAAAUAGAAUUAGAAAUGAAAUAAUUUGUAUUUCUUGACUUGCGUCAGGUAUUAGAGCUUGCACGGGAGGUAUACGAAAAGGGAGCUUUUCUCAGCAUAAAGAAGAAUGAUCCAGCGGCAUUCGAGAGAAAUGUACUACAAGUUCAUCUUCUUGUUUGUGUUGAUUGUUACUAGUGACGGUACUUCUAUCAUAAGAGCAAGUAGGGCUGUGGCCUUCACCUUCUUGGGUUCACUGAAUGAUGUCCGUAAAUUUUCAUCAGCUCAUGCUUAUCAAAGCGCACCGGUUUUUCCUCUCGACUCCCUGUGACGCUUGGUCUGUUAUAAUCACGCAACUCAUCAACACCCUUAUUGCAGGUUAAGCAGUUGAAGAUGUAUUACCGAGACUUUGACAAAAGGAUACAGACGAAGAGCAGCAACGAGUACAAAAUACUUGGGCUUUACCUUCUUUUCCUUCUGUCCAGUGACAGGAUAGGAGAAUUCCAUACCGAAUUAGAGCUUGUCCCGGAGCACGACUCGCAUUUCAUACAGCGCCCGGUUAUGCUCGAGGUACUACUUACUUUUCUCUACAGAUCAUGUUACUAAGCUGAUGGGUCGUCGUGCUACUUGGCACGGCGACUCACUGUCUGAUGCAAAAAUACAAAUUUUUUGAUGAUCUUUAUUUUCAGUGUUAUUCACAACUGUUCAUUUUCAUCCGUUACCGUUCAUCUUCGCCAUCCCAAACCUCUACUCCUUUCCACAAAAUAAAUCUCUCUCAGCGGUAUCUGAUGGAAGGAAAUUAUGCGAAGAUAAACGAAAGCGUCGUUGAAUUCAGCGCGCAAGAGCAUUAUCCAGUGUUCCUCCAGCAACUCCAAGAAACGAUGAGAAGACGGAUUCUCGAUAGCUUGGAACGCAGCACUAGCUCAGUAAGCAGGAUUAUUUUCUAGGAUAAUAUGUUUUGCUUUCGAUAGAUUUGGGAUUGAAUGUUGGCGUGGCCCGGUGGAUGUUUUGUUUCAUUUUUUUUUACUUAAUGAGAUCCCUCCUACAUAUGUAUCCACCUUUAGUUUCCUGUACUGCUUUUUCAAGGUGGAGAUUUUUGUUUUUUACAUAUUUCUCCGAGUUCCAAUUUCAAUUUCUCAACAAGAACUGCAUUAUUGUUGUUCUCCAUCAAAUCUAUCCUUGUACAACAUUAUCCUUCCCCAGAUUGCCGUCGACCGCGUAUCGAAGAUGCUGUAUAUGAAGAGCGCAGCGGAGGUUGGCGCGUUUUUGAAGAAGGUGGGUGAGGAGAGCGAUUCCCUAAUGCAGGACGUCGACGUGGAAUCUGGGAGCAAGUGGGAAAUUGUUGGCCAGAAAAUGCAACUGAUCUCGACAUCACGCUCAGAGCGAAUUCCCGUGAUGGAGACACUCGGAAAUGUCAUCGACUACGCAACGGAAAUUGAAAGAAUCGUGUAAAGAAGGAUGAUGUUGAGGUUGUGAUAGUUAGUGUGAGCAUUCCGAUCAUUACAUGUUCAUCAUUAUCAAUACAUGUUCAUCAUUUUAUUUCCCAGAUAAACUCACUCACCUUGUUGCCGUGGCGCACCAGCUCCUCUUGUUGUAGCUGGUCAUUGUGAGUGUCGUUGUUGUACUUGGUGGUUUCGAGAUUGGGCUACACUCACGACUACGCAAUAUACCCUCCCUUUGCCCCCACCCACGCCGUCCCUAACAAACUCCAUCCCACGCCUUGGCCUCAAUGUAGGUUACCCAAACUACAGGUGUUUCUUCGACACGAACUCGUUAGUACUUUUUAGGCAUAACAAUUUUUUUUGAGGCCUUUACAUUUCAGGCCAUUCAGAAAGUAAGAUCAAAAUAUGGAAG